AUGAGCUCUAUGAAUUCCCGCCUCAAGAGCUUUGGCUUCGGAAAACGCAAAUCAACUGCCAGCAUCAAUCCCGACCCCAACCAGCCGUCCAGCCAAACCCCGCCUCCUGGUGGUCCCGGAGGCGCCCCUCAAAUACCGCAGCAGCUGCCACUCCGCCCUGGCUCGAUCGCUUCUGCCUCUUCCGCCUCCCUCUCUCCCAUGAAUCAUCCCGGCGCUCCCAAUCGCCCUCCCAGCUACUCUGCCAACAACUACCCGCCCGGCGUCGCCCCUCCAGUCGGACGCACCAGUCCUUUGAACCAAGCUCAGACGCGCACCCCGCCCACCCAAAUGGUUGGCGGUCCUCCUCCCAUCAACACCGGCGCUCCCGCCGGUUACCCGCCCCAGCUGCCUCCCGUCGGCGGCCAGGGACCUCCCAUGGGUGGUCCUCCCGGCUAUGGCGGCGGCGGCGGUUAUGGGCCUCCCCCGCCUCAGCAGCAACAACAGCAACAGGGACCUCCUCUCGGACAACAAUACCCCCCGCGCCCCGUCCAAGGACCAGGCGCCAGCGAAGUCGAGGGUAGCAGCCGAAACAAGGCACAGCUGAUCGUCGGUAUUGAUUUUGGAACAACUUUCUCCGGCGUCGCCUUCGCCUUUGCCACGAACAACGAGGCGAAGGAAGAUAUCAUCACUGAGUGGCCGGGCGCAGGAUCGUACACCAAGCAGAAGAUCCCCACCGUUCUCUACUAUGACCAGUACCAGAAGGUCGUGGGCUGGGGCCCUGACAUCGCCGAUGCGCUGGCGCCAACGGGGUACCCGAAGCCAGGUGUGCAAAAGGUUGAGUGGUUCAAGCUGCAGCUUAUGCUGUCCGGCAAUACGUACAUCGACCCGAUCAACCUUCCGCCCCUGCCGCCUGGCAAGUCCGAGAUUGAUGUGGCAGCCGACUACUUAUUUAAACUUCGUCAGGCGAUGCGAUCUGCGCUACAAAAGACCCUCGGCGAGGUCUUCAACCGCGAAGAGCGCAACAUUCGCUACUAUCUGACUGUGCCAGCCAUCUGGAACGAUGCUGGAAAGGCCGCGACGCGCGCUGCCGCCAUUCAGGCCGGUUUUCUGAGGGAUGAGAACGACAACAGGUUGACAUUAGUGUCUGAGCCCGAAGCUGCCGCCAUCUUCUGUUCCAAGACUGGUCUUCUGAACCUCAAGGUUCACGAUGCCGUCUUGAUCGUCGAUUGCGGUGGUGGCACCGUCGAUUUGAUCGCGUACGAAGUCGAGGAUGAGAACCCCUUCACCGUUGCCGAGUGUACAGCAGGCUCCGGUGACUCGUGCGGUUCGACGGCGCUGAACCGCAACUUCAGCAACAUCUUGCGCACCAAGAUCCGUAAGAUGAAGUUGCCCGACGGCUCCAAGACAGCAGGCCGUGUCUAUGCCAAAUGCAUCAUGGACUUCGAGAACAGAAUCAAGGCCGACUUCCGCAACAACGGUCAGAAGUGGGCUGUCGAUGUUGGUAUCGAGGCUGAAUUCCCCGAGGCCGGUAUUGAAGAGGGGUACAUGACCUUCACCAACGAAGAGAUUCUUCAGUGUUUCGAGCCUGUCGUCAACCGCAUCCUGGAGCUCGUCAGGAAUCAAAUUAUUGCUAUCCAGGCCCAGAACCGGACACUGCAAAACAUUCUGGUUGUCGGUGGCUUUGGUGCUUCGGAAUACCUUUUCCAACAGAUUCGCCUCCACGUGCCCCCGCAAUUCCAGUCCAAGGUCGUACGACCAAUGGACUCUGUCGCUGCCAUUGUCAAGGGCGCUGUCACGGCUGGCAUCACAGAGCGUGUUGUCACCCACCGUGUAGCGCGUCGCCACUAUCUCAUGGCAACACUGCAGCCCUUCAAGGAGGGUUACCACCCCGAGGCGUACCGCGUUCCCUCCCUCGACGGCAAAGACCGAUGCAAAUUCACGCGCCAGAUUUUUGUGCAAAAGGGACAAAAGGUCAAGAUUGGUGAGCCGGUCAAGGUCUCUUUCUUCCGCCAGGUUGCACCAGGCGCCACACUCAUGUACGAGGAUAUCCUAUACGCCUGUGAUGAUGAUGUUUGUCCCGAAUACACCAAGGAUCCCCGUAUCAAGGAAGUUGUCACGCUCACCUCUGAUUUGUCGAGAAAGAACCUCGAGAAGGAUUUCGAGAGGAUGGACACGCCGCAGGGCACCUUCUAUCGCGUCUAUUUCGAUAUUUACCUCACUCUCGACGGAUCAGAGUUCAGUGCUGAGUUGGUGUGCCAAGGUGAAGUCAUGGGACGAUGCCGCGCACGCUUCCGAUAA